AUGACACCGCCACGAAACCCGCCUCUCAAGUUUGAAUGCCUGGUACACAUGACGCUUGGAAAGCCCGACUCGACAAAAUUGCGAGAGGACAUCCCCUUCCACGACACCAGUGAAUACUGGCGAGCGCUUCAACUCGCGCCGAAUCUCAAUUCUCUAGCCCUCUUUGACUUCGCUCCAAUCAACACUUCUUUGAAGCCCGAUCUUCAAAGAUUGUUCGGAAAUCUCAAGAGCCUGAGAAUUGGUGCAAGUAUGCACAACGAAGAAACGUUCGUGGAUCACUUCAAAUCGAUUUGCAGACACUGCAGGGUUCUAGAAAAGGUUCAGAUCAUCAUCCCGCAGCACUCGAAUCAAUUAGCCAGGUUGCUGGGUCCAUUGCAGCCUUUCACACCUGCGCUCAAACGACUUCAACUGAGCCUCGACCCUGGACCUUUUGCGACGACUCACCUGCUUGCAAACUUUGCGAUUGGGUUUCAACCGCAGUCCCUUUCGCGACCGCCUUACGCCGUUUCGGCCCGAGCACAUCAGAACAGAGCAGUUUUUCGAUUCAUUACCGACUUCACUUCGUACGCUAUUCCUGCCAGGCUGCAACUGGGUCAUGGGAGAUCCGGUAGAUCCCAUGGGCCGACGGUACGCCGUGGUAGUCUUCCGGAAUUCCGAAUUUUGCACGUCGCUUGCGACUGUCAAGAUCCAUCACCUAGCUUCACACAUAUCGAGGAUGUAGGAGUCGAAGUUUUCAAGUUCAGACAUCAUGCCACACUGAGAGGUGGUGAUCUUGCGGCUCUUGAUGCUGAGGAUUGGCAAGUGCGUUAGGAAGGGGGGGAAUUGGGAAUAGAGAUAUGGCUAAGAGGUUAUUCGUCCGAACUCGUAUGUUCAAGGUACCCAGUACCAUCUUAGGUUGUUUAGGUAUCAGU